UAAGACUAUGGUCAAACACAACACCACCUCCCAGAACUGACCACAGCAGGCUGGGAAGAGUCCCGUCUCGUUCCGAGCUGCAAACGCCAAUCCCUAAAGCUUUUCUCCGCGAAUAGGUGAGCCCUACUUGAGAAUGGAAUACGGGCCCUGCCCCCACUUCCUGUGAUCCAGCCAGCUUCGAGUUGUUGUGGGGAUGCCUAUAAACCACCAGAAAUCAGACUCUUCGGAGAUGGACCCUGACUUGUCUCCAGGCUGCAGGCUCAGUGACCUGAGCAGAGGAGGCAGUUUGGAGAGUCGAAGUAGCAGUUCUCGCUCCAGAAGCUUCACUCUGGAUGACGAGAGUCUGAAGUACCUGACCCAUGAGGAAAAGGAUGUCAUCCUGUUUUUUGAAGAGACCAUUGAUUCCCUGGAAGAUGACUUUGAGGAGCAAGGCCUGUGUGAUAGUGGGGUGCACUGCCACUCCCUGCGGUCUCUGGAAGAGAGCACUUCCAGUCACUCCGAGCCAGAAGACGUCAUCGAUCUAGUGCCACCGGGACCCACAGCCAGGGAGUCUGGGUGCCCUCCGGACGCAGCUGAGGCAGCAGGGGUCAGACCUGGUGGAAAGGAAGACGUUCCCAUCCUUAACUCCGGGAAACCAGACCCUGAAACUUCUCCCCAGCCACACUCCAAAGUCCCAGAGACCUCACCUCUGCCGCACCUUGCCUGCACCCCCGUGGCCCCCGCCCACCCCAGGAAAGAGCUGCUUUCUCCAUCUCCCCCAGCAGAGCACCCCAAACUACCCCGCUCUGUUCCUACUCCACUGGUCAUCGCCCAGAAAAUUUCUGAGAAGAUGGCAGGAGAUGAGGCCCUUUCGCCCACGUCCCCCUGGAAGGAGGGCAGACCUGGAGAAGGGAGGACCCCGAUGUCAUUAGCCCCACGACACGGAGACCACCUCUUGGGGCACAAACAUGCGGGUCAGCCGGCGCCCAAGAUCCACCGCUUCCCCAGCAACAUCAGUGUGACCAACAGCGCGGGGAAGGACUUCAACAAGACCAUCUCCAAGGCAGCUGUCAACGUGCAAGAGCGCAAAGCCCGUGUCCUGGCCAACAUUAAUGGUGUCUCCUUCCCCUCCGCGGCGGAAGUGGAAGCUCGGGCCCCAAAGAGUGACCUCACUGAGCCGAGGAGCAUCUCCCCAGAGCAGGUGACGCGUGACCAGAGCAAGCUUGGCCCCAGCAAGGAAGCUGCAGGAGGACAGCAGUCCCGGGCCGUGCAGACUGAAAGUUCCCCGCCCUGGCCCAAUGGCUUCCAGAGCAUCCACGACGUCCUGAGGAGUGAGUCCAGUGCCUUUGUCUCUACUGGAAAGACUGUCACCUUCCGGCCAGACCCCACUCUCACCAGCAAACUGGCUCGCCAGAACGCCAGCAAGAGCUUGUACGAACCCCGGCAGCCUGACUGUGGCCCAGAUGCCAGGAAGCGGUCUGGCUCCCUCCCCAGGGCUGUGGGGUUCAGACCCCAGGGCAUCACGGUGCAGUUUUCUGGCCGAGGCUCCACGGAGGAGGCCCGAAGGGAGGCUCUGCGGAAGCUCGGCCUACUGAAGGAGAACUUGUGAUGAAGAACAAGGAGGGAGCUGGCCUGGAGGCAGCCGCAUGCCACAGAAUGACCCAACAUGCCUAACCCCCCCCCCCCCGAAGAAGACGGGUGAAAUUAAAUGGUAGCAUUAAUACAGGGGUUAUUUUAUCCAGAAAGUCAAGGAACUGUUGGCCUAAAAUGGAAGUGCCUGGUAGGGGCAGUGGAAGGGCCACGUGCUGUCCCCUGCUGAGGACUCAGUGGUCCUGCUGAGCACAGAACUGUAAGUGUCGCCUGCCCAGCCCAACCCACCCAGAGCAGGGGUGUCCUUCUGAAGAGAGAGUUGAGCCUCCCACCUUCUUGUCUUCCUCUGCCCUCGAACACAGAGGAUGACCUUGAAAAUGCCUUAUGUUUUUUGGAUUUCGGAGUGCAGAAGGAUUGGCUCUGUUAUUCUUGAGUGUCUACUCUAGGUUUUUAUCCUAAAUACAUGGCAUGAAAGCCAGUUUGGGUCUUUUAUACUCCCGUUUCUAAGAAAGGGAUUGCCCUCUCCUUUUCUGAGGAAAUUAAAAAAUAUACAUAUACUCAUUAAACUUUUGUAGUGUCUUCAUGUACAUUGUGUUUGAAGGGUAAAUGAUGGUCUGUUAGCCCCGGAUAUGCUUGUGUUUCUUAAUAUAAUUUAGUUUGCCCCAGUUGCUUUUUAUUUUAAAGUGGAAAUGAAUCCUUUAGAGUAUUAUUUACUAUAAUUGUGAGUUGUGGGAGUGGAAUAGAAAGGUUGAGUUAGGAAUAGGUGGUAAUUUUGAGAAAACAAGUCUCAUCAGACUACAGGGUCUGUGUUACUGGGACACGUAUAUAUGAGCCUGUAUUGUGUAUAUAACAUGUACAUAGUACAUAUUUAUAGGUACAUAUAUGUUAACAUAUACAUGCAUAGGUACUGUGUAUCCACAUAUAUUCACUAGAACAUAGAAACUUCUUGAAACUCUAUAAAGUAUUGCUACUGGAUGCAAGUACUUGCUGUUCUCCUGAUGGACACAGCCAUCUCAACACUGUGACAGAUAAUGGUCACCUCCUAAAGUGGAAGUCUUUGAAGGACAUAGCUCCAUAAUAUUUUGGUGAACCAAAUGUGCUUGUCCCUCAACAAUGUGUUCUUCUGUUCUAAUUAAAGUAAUUUUCUAAAUGAGCAAGAUAGUCACAUUUUUUAGUGAAGACUUUAAAGAUUUAUCACCUAAUUUUAACGUAUCACUUCAUUUUAGUUUUGCAUGUUCCCAGGUAGCUUAGUAAAUAGAAGGAAACAAGAUUCUUAAGAUCCCCUCUUGAUUAUGUUGCAUGAGCAAGAUCUCAGGAUUAACUUAAAAGGGAAAAAAAACCCAGCAAACUGGGUUAUACUGAAUGAAAAGAACUUGUUUUGUCCCAGAGUAUGUCUCACAUGCUGAUUGUAGCCACAAGCAUUAUCAUCAAAACUAUGUAAGGCUGGAGUCUUAAACCUCUAAAAAUAGACUGGGAAGGGCCACACUUAGAAACCACGCCCUUCUGUUGUUCUGCUUCAGCCACAAAAUCUGUUUCUUUCCUCUUGAGUAUUAUUUAAAUUUAAACUUUUAAAUGCGCUGUGAAGGACUAUUUUCAUAGUAUUCGAUUUGCCUUGGAAAGUUACAUAAAAUGAUUGUGAUUUUUUUUUCUUAUAAACUACAGUGUUUAGUAUCUCAUCCAGCCCUUGUCUUCCUGAAAUAAUUUCCUAGAUUCUUGAUGGUCUUAAUUUAAAUAGAUAAUUUUACUUUACAGGUUUUUAAAAAUCGUUUUUAUUUUACUCCUGUUUAUUCUUCUUUUUUUUUUUUUACUCCUGUUUAUUCUUAAGGAUACUUGAGGGCUGUAUUUCCUCUUCCCAAAGGGAGAUGCCAUACACAGUGUUUAAAAAAAUAGAGGGUCUUGGGCCUCCCUGAUGGCGCAGGCGGUUCAGCACCGCACUGUGAAGCUGCUCCCAGACUCUGCAGCACCGGUUCGUUCUGGCUGGCUGGCGAGGGUCCCACAUGGCGUAGCAGACCUCUCCUGUCUCUCUCGCUGCUCCCCUCAACAGUGUAUUUCAAUAGAUCUGCCUGUUCUGCUCCCCGCUCUGUCUCUGGUGAAUCCUUUCACCCUCCCGCGCAUCUGGCCUGUACCCCAGCUCUUGUAUAAAUAAAAUAAAUCUUUAAAAAAAAAAAAAAAAAAGGUCUUGAUGUGACUAACAUUUUCAACAUCCUUUAUAUAUGAGGAUUAUUUCUUUUUAUCUUAUCCUGUGACUUCACUGUGAUUAAGAUGAACUUGACUGUAGUAUUUUUGUUCUCAU